CCCUGCUGCUGCCUGCGCUGCGGCCGCUGUUGGGGUCGCAGUCCCAGCCUCCCCGCGUCCUAGGGGCGUGUGGUUCGGGCAUUACCCACACUCAGGUUUCUGUUGGUGACCGCCUCUCUAGCUCGCUUUUCCCCUUCCUCGGCUGAGCACUUUGCCGGGCUCCUGUUAAUGCUUGUGGUUUUUCAGUCUGGGAUGGGCUGCGUCUUGGGCAGAUCUCUACCUGCUAGGAAUGCCCCGCUUCGAAGUUGACCGCCUGGACAACAAACACCCCAGCACUCCCUCGCCCAGUUUGGCCAGGUGAAUGUGGGAAAGAGAAGUUCUCAGAAUUGAAAUGGAGGUCAGAGCUUCACUACAGAAGGUUAGUGGGUCAUCUGAUUCUGUGGCUACACUGAACAGUGAAGAAUUUGUUUUGGUUCCUCAGCACACAGAUGAUACUUCUACAAAAGAUGAUGAGAAACCUCAACUGAAGAUAGUUUCUAAUGGUGAUGAACAACUGGAAAAAGCCAUGGAAGAAAUUUUGAGAGAUUCUGAGAAGGGGCAAAGCAGUCUUGACUGUCAAAGUUCCAGUGAGAUUUCAGACCAUUCAUUUGGAGAUAUUCCAGCCAGCCAAACAAAUACACCAUCUCUUCAGUUAAUUUUGGAUCCAUCUAACACAGAAAUUUCGACACCCAGACCAUCUUCUCCAACUGGACUAUCUGAAGAAGAUAGUGUUUUAUUUAAUAAACUGACCUACUUAGGAUGUAUGAAGGUUUCUUCCCCACGUAAUGAAGUGGAGGCUUUACGGGCAAUGGCAACCAUGAGAUUGUCCAGUCAGUACCCCUUUCCUGUUACUCUGUAUGUGCCAAAUGUUCCAGAAGGUUCUGUGAGAAUCAUAGACCAAUCCAGCAAUGUGGAGAUAGCAUCUUUCCCGAUCUAUAAAGUGUUAUUCUGUGCCCGUGGACACGAUGGGACAACAGAGAGCAAUUGCUUUGCAUUUACAGAGAGUUCUCAUGGUUCAGAAGAAUUUCAGAUACAUGUUUUUUCCUGUGAAAUUAAAGAGGCAGUAAGCAGAAUUUUAUAUAGUUUCUGUACAGCAUUCAAACGUUCUUCCAGACAAGUGUCUGAUGUUAAAGACUCGAUUAUUCCUACCCCCGACAGUGAUGUGUUUACCUUUGGUGUCUCCUUGGAGGUAAAAGAAGAUGAUGGAAAAGGAAACUUUAGCCCUGUGCCAAAGGAUAGAGAUAAAUUUUAUUUCAAAUUAAAGCAAGGAAUAGAGAAGAAGGUUGUAAUUACAGUGCAGCAACUUUCUAACAAAGAAUUAGCUAUUGAAAGAUGUUUUGGAAUGUUAUUAAGCCCAGGUCGAAACGUGAAGAACAGUGACAUGCAUUUACUGGAUAUGGAAUCGAUGGGAAAGAGCCAUGAUGGGAGAGCUUAUGUUAUUACUGGCAUGUGGAACCCUAAUGCACCAGUGUUUUUGGCACUAAAUGAAGAAACCCCAAAAGAUAAGCGUGUGUACAUGACGGUGGCAGUGGAUAUGGUGGUCACAGAGGUGGUGGAGCCUGUCCGUUUCCUCCUGGAGGCAGUGGCACGUGUGUACCCUGCAAACGAACGUUUUUGGUAUUUCAGCAGAAAGACUUUCACGGAGACUUUCUUCAUGAGGCUGAAACAGUCUGAGGGAAAAGGCCAUACCAGUGCUGGAGAUGUGAUAUAUGAGGUGGUGAGUCUACAGCGGGAGUCUGACAAGGAGGAACCCAUCACUCCUACUAGUGGAGGGGGUCCCUUGUCACCCCAGGAGGAUGAAGCCGAAGAGGAGAGUGAUAAUGAACUCUCGAGUGGAACAGGUGAUGUGUCUAAGGAUUGUCCUGAGAAGAUUCUGUACUCUUGGGGAGAAUUGCUAGGAAGAUGGCACAAUAACCUUGGUGCACGACCAAAAGGGCUACUCACUUUGGUGAAGAGUGGUGUUCCUGAAGCAUUGAGGGCAGAAGUAUGGCAGCUGUUAGCGGGCUGCCAUGACAACCAGGCAAUGCUGGACAAAUACCGAAUUCUUAUCACAAAGGACUCAGCCCAGGAGAGUGUUAUUACUCGAGAUAUUCAUCGUACUUUUCCUGCUCAUGAUUACUUCAAGGACACAGGAGGAGAUGGUCAGGAAUCGCUUUACAAGAUCUGCAAGGCCUACUCUGUGUAUGAUGAAGACAUUGGAUACUGUCAAGGACAGUCUUUCCUUGCUGCUGUAUUGCUGCUGCAUAUGCCAGAGGAACAAGCUUUCUGUGUUUUGGUGAAAAUCAUGUAUGACUAUAAUUUGCGAGACCUCUACAAAAACAACUUUGAAGAUCUUCAUUGCAAAUUCUAUCAGUUGGAAAGACUAAUGCAGGAACAGCUCCCAGACCUGCACAGCCAUUUUUGUGAUCUGAACCUGGAGGCUCAUAUGUAUGCAUCCCAGUGGUUCCUCACUCUCUUUACUGCCAAGUUUCCGCUCUGUAUGGUGUUCCACAUCAUUGACCUGCUGCUCUGUGAGGGUUUGAACAUAAUCUUUCAUGUUGCCUUGGCUCUCCUAAAGACCUCAAAGGAAGAUCUUCUACAGGCUGAUUUUGAAGGUGCUUUAAAGUUCUUCAGAGUUCAGCUUCCAAAGAGAUACAGGGCAGAGGAAAAUGCGAGAAGACUGAUGGAGCAGGCUUGCAAUAUUAAAGUACCAACCAAAAAGCUGAAAAAAUAUGAAAAAGAAUAUCAGACAAUGCGAGAGAGUCAGCUGCAGCAGGAAGACCCAAUGGAUAGAUACAAGAGGGAGAACCGAAGAUUACAGGAGGCCAGCAUGAGGUUGGAGCAGGAGAAUGAUGACCUCGCCCAUGAACUGGUAACCAGCAAAAUCGCUCUGCGGAAUGACUUAGAUCAGGCAGAGGACAAGGCAGAUGUGUUGAAUAAGGAGCUCCUCUUGACCAAGCAGAAGCUGGUGGAGACUGAGGAGGAGAAGAGGAAGCAGGAGGAAGAGACUGCCCAGCUAAAAGAAGUAUUCAGGAAACAACUAGAGAAGGCAGAGUAUGAGAUAAAGAAGACCACAGCCAUCAUUGCUGAGUAUAAACAGAUCUGUUCCCAGUUAAGUACCCGGCUGGAGAAACAGCAAGCAGCCAGCAAGGAGGAGCUGGAAGCUGUGAAGGGUAAAAUGAUGGCAUGUAAACACUGCAGUGACAUUUUCAGCAAGGAGGGCACUUUGAAACCAGCAGCCAUCAGCAGGGAGGAUCAAGGAAUUGAAGCAGAUGACGAGAAGGACUCGCUCAAGAAGCAGCUGAGGGAGAUGGAGCUGGAACUGGCACAAACCAAACUGCAGCUGGUAGAGGCUAAGUGCAAAAUCCAGGAACUUGAACAUCAGAGAGGGGCCCUUAUGAAUGAAAUCCAAGCUGCAAAAAACUCUUGGUUUAGCAAAACCCUGAACUCUAUCAAAACGGCCACGAGCACCCAGCCACUGCAGCCGCCUCAGGCCACCCAGCCGCCUAAGGAGAGCACAUAGCUCCAGCCUCACCCUAGCACAAGAGCACAACGAUCAAAGCAAGGGAAACCCGGGAGCCGUCUUCCUGGUGUCCCUUUGAAGGAAAGUAAAGGAGGCCAGAAAGCAAGCCAGAAUCCUUCAGUAGCUCUCAUUCUUUCCUGUAUGACACUUUUCAAAGGGAUGUUAUUUAGAUUGACCCGAUUUAUGUUAGAUACCUACUGCCCAGCUUCUUCCUGGGAAGCCAUGUUCUGAUCCAUCCUACUAUUACACAUUAUUUUAUAUGCCUGAAGUUUAGUUGGAAAUAAGUAAUUCAGAACUAAGUGCUUUUUAUUUAGAACUAAUUAAUUACUCCUAAUAAUUUUAUCCUACAAAAAUGGAAUCAUCUGUCAUUCCAAGGUUGACGUGACAGGAAGAUCUUUGUCACAGGGAAAAAAAUUGAAACCUAAACCUCUUUAGCUUUUCAGGAUUUAUUCAAAUAAAGCACACUGUGGGGCCAGUCAUGACCACCGUCAGGUUUCAUUCUAAAACCAGGGAGCGAUAUUCCUGCCCAAUGCAAGAACAGACCAGGGGUUGAAAAGUCCCCAAAGGUAGUUGGUUUAUUUUCAUUUUCUUUCAUGUUUCAUUUUCUGAAGUGCCAAGAACUGUGGAAUGGAUGGGCUAUUGAGAAUGCAAACUCAGUGAGUGAACUGAGAUUUUGACAAAUGUGGAGUAAAAUCAUUUUGGCUCUGGUGUUCUAGCAGAUCCUUUCAAAAAUCCACAAGGGACUUGCAUGUUCCUAGUGUGGCUAGGUAUGAACACAGAUGAGACUUCUGGCAAGUGUCCAGUCAAGGGUGGCUAUUGUGAGUUGCACUUAGGGAACCUUCACCGGAGAGUUCGAGAAAAGCCCAGGUUCAGUUGCUGUGCUUAUAGUGAAGUACAGAACCAGCAACAGAGUUCUUUCAUUUGGUGUUGACAUAGUUACUAAGGAAACACUAAUAUUCUGUAAUUUUGUUAGAGGACGUAGUAUUGAAAUAGAAAUCGAGGUCAGCUUCAUCACCUUAGUUAAUGUUAGGCAACAUUUCCUCACUGCUGUAGCUCCCUAGUAUGUGCCCUUGGUACCUGUAGAUGAAGAGAUACAAAUGCAUUUAUAACAUUUUUGAUUGAAUAUGAAAUCUUUAUAGAAAUACUUAUCUAACAAAAGAUAAGGCUAUUGUUUAAAAUUGGUGGAAAUAUUUUUAAAAAUUAUAUUUAACAUACCUAUAUAAAUAGUCCUUACAAGAAAUUAUUUGGUAAGGGCAAAACUAAUUUUCCCAUUUUCUAAGCUAUUUUGGAGAUAUCUGAUCCUUUCACACCAACAAAACUACUGUCAGCUAUGUACAGUAAUGUUUACUGAUAUUCAUCCUUGGCUUCUUUGUUGGAUAUGCUGUUUUUAAAGGAUCUUAAACUUUGUAGUGCCAGAGUGGUUCUCUUCUGUGCCAUAUAUUGCAGUUAUAAGGAACACAACUCUUGAAAGUUAGAAUCAAAUAAGAACCUUCUCAAUCCUAGGAGGAUGCACUACAAGCUGCUCACCACAGAUCCUUUCCUCUAGAAUGAUAUUUGAAUUCUAAAAAGUGAAAUCCCCUUCAUCUGUUUCUAUCAUCUGCAACAUAAAACUGUUAUGUUUGGUAUCCAUGACACUUGUCAAAUAAUAUUUUUCUUUGGAACUCUUUUUGUUGUUAUUGUUCUGAUGUCUUUUAUUCUAAAAUUCAUUUCUUUUUACCAAAAAGGAAAAUAACUCAGCAUUCCAAGUGUCUGUUGACUUUAAAAUCCCCUACGUGGUGGAUUAGAUAAGCUAAUAUAUAUAUAUGUUUUUUUUCUAAAAUAUAAUGGCUAAAAAAUUUCAUCUUGGCACCUGUCUCUGUAAAUCAUUAGUGGAGUCUGUUAGCUGAAGUGGUACUUUAUGCUUGGUUCCAGGAAGCCCUAUACAAGUUGCCUUUGCAAAUGGCUAGCCAAAUUGCAGAUACUCUUAUGUCGUGAACUUCAUAGUAACAACAAGCUCUUUUUAGCUUCCAGAAAUAAAUACAUUCCACAGAAUACCAAGUUGCAUAAUUUUUCUUAAAUGUCACAGGAGAAGUAGAAGGCUUUAAGUCAAGUCCUUGUCUGUGGACCUGGUUCAGUUUUUAGUCCUGUUCCUUUUAGUCUUUGAACAGAAUCGCCAGGAGCAUGCAUUCCAAAAGUUUGGUAAAUUUGUCUUUCUAGCCUUAAUUCUUAUAAAGGAUUAUAAGGUCAAUACACAGUUUUCUUCUUUUACAGCCCCACAUCAAACUGGGUAUGCAUAUUGGUGUGGCAAGUCUGAGAUGACCCUCACUGCAAUGCCUUUGAAUUAGUAGCAAUAGUGAAGAUUAGAAAUGGCCAGGCAUAGUGACACAUACCAACCACUUGGGAGACUGAGGCAGGAGGAUGGCAGGUUUGAGGCCAGCUUUGGCAACCUGGUGAGACCCUAUCUUUAAACAAAAAAUAAAGGGCUGGGGGGGGGGGCAGUAAGCUCAGUGGCAGAGUGCUUGCCUAGCAUGAGGCCCAGGGUUUGAUUCCCAUUACAGGGUGAGGGGGUGACCGGGUGAUGGGAAAGAAAAAUUAAAAUUUUUGGUAUGUGAUAUGAUUGUUCAUAAAAUAUGUUAUAGCAAUACUGCAUACCACAUGUCCUUUACAGUGUAUUGUUUGAGAACUAUAACUUUUCUUUUGAAUUCCCUUUACAAAGCAGCCAAAUAUAUAGGACAUUCUCAAAUAGUGUAAUAAUUCUCAUCCUUUCUUAGGCUGUACUUUGUAUAAAACAUUCUUGCAAAAAUCCAGUAUUUGCAACAUUUGAAAAAUGAUCAUUUCUCUUUUUAUUAAAUUCUGUAGAAGAAUGUGAAUAAAAUUCAACUUAGUAAUUUAGUUCAUUAGCUUUCAUAUCUUAAGAAUCUUAUUUAACACAUUCUUUAAAGCUGAAAGAAACCAAGCUGGUUUUUUAAUUCUGUAGUGCAUGUUUUCCAGCAGCCAUGUCACAAUUUGGUUAUAUUUGGGUACAUAGAAUUUGAUGCUAAGAAAUCCUAGUUACCUAAUGUUUUGGACAUGAGAACCUAUCAGAAACACUGAUAGAGACACUAUACAGGCUGUGACCUACCUUGCCAUACAAUGAAUUUCUCUUUCUCUCUUCUAGCUAUUAAUUGAUGAUGAUUUCUUCUUCACUGGCUUUCUUAAAAUUUUCCUGGUAAAGUAGAAAAGCAACCUUUAUACUGACGUUGGGAUAUUUAAUGGUAUUUAUUGUUUCGUUUAUAAGAAAAGGUUCAUUCUUUCCUACUCUGUAUUCAUAUUUAUUUUUCUCCAACCUCUACUACACAUUCUUCAGAUAUUUUCUAGUUAAUAAUUAGUGACUUCAUUUCCUAGCUGUGGUGAGUAAACUGAGAUAAUAAAAGGUUAAGGUAUAGGAGAUUAGAGUUAGAUCCUUAAAAGAGUCAGUCACCUAGGAUAAGAAUUAUAUAUAAUAACUACUGUGAUGGAUUGAACUUUCUUUUAGUUGAAAUCAGUCUACUGUCUUACCAACUCUGUGCAUUAAACACUAAGGUGGCUGUCUGAUUUUUAGGACUCCUUUAAGAGAAAAAAAAAAAUACUUAUUUUAUCUUCUGGGAAAGAACACUUUUAAUUACUUAGCAAGAUGAUUGUAUUAUAUAAUUUACCCUUUAAAACACUCUAAAAUAACUCUGAUUCUCUUACUUCAGUUACAAAUGAGAGGAUGAAUUGUAUGAUUUGAACACUGCUAGAUUUAUGUGUGUGUGAGAGAGAGAUUGGUGGAAUUUUAAUUGGAGUAUUCCUGCCUCUUUUGUGUAGUUAGAUACCAUUCAUCUAAUAUAUAUUGAGAUUUCAAGACAUGUGAUCAAGACCACAAGGCCAGGGAGUGGCCAGUUUUCCAGCUACAACGUAUAAAACUCCUAAGUCACCAUGCUGCUAGUCACCAGCAUGAAAACAUUCCCCAACUCUUUAUUUCUUCUAUGUAAUACAGGCCAGGUCCUUCUUCAUCUUAGCAACUUCCCUGACUGUCAGAGUCUACCAAAAUGAGGACUGCCAUGUGACCGAUGCUAAUUUUUAUAGUAAGGAAAAAAGUGGAUGUUUGUGGGAUCUUAGUGACUGCAAACAGCUGUCUGGUGUAUCUUUCUCACUUUCCAUCUAAAAGACCCAUGUCAAGCUUAUCUCCAAAUGAAUUUGCUACCUGCUAUAAAAAUAUCUUCAUCUGUCUAUCCCAUUCUCCUUACCCAGUCCCUGGCUUAUCCUUAGUUCUGAAAAGUUAAGAAAAAUUAAUCAGAGAAGAUAAUGAACAUUUUAAGUUACUUUCCUUUUCCAUUGACAGUUGGUUAACAUGUAAAAUCUUUUCCAUUAAAUGUAACUUUUAAUAAUUAUAUAUUAUAUAUGGAAUAAGAUAAAGGAAACUGAAUUGUGAGAAUAUAAAUGCAUCAAAAGACUCUGGUAUCAUGAAAGCACAAGAACAAAGCUGGAGAUGGUCCCAGAAUCCAAGAUGUCCCAAUAGCCUUUUGCAUCAGUUUCUCUAUUUUUGGUAUUUUGCAUAAUGCAUGGAUACUCAGUUCAAAUGAGAGGAGAAGUUUCUCCAUCAGACCCCCCCCCUUUCUUUCCAACUCCUACCUUCCCCUUGCUGAGGAGGUAGUAGAAAUUCUAUAUUAUCUAUUUUUAUGAAACUUGUGAUUUUGCCCACAGCAUCUGUAAUGAAAGCAGGUUAUAUAAUAAAUGACUUAAGUGUGAACAGUGCUAAUUGACUAAAAAAAAUUAGUUAUUAGCCUCUUCCUCUAUAAACAAUGACCAAUUAGAUGUUUCCAUAAUUCCAUGUAUUAUGUAUAGUACACUAUAAAUGUAAAUGUAAUGCUUGUUAAGGAAAGUGCAAUUUAUUGUACAUUGUCCCAACAAAUGUUUACUUUUAUAAUUGUCAUGAACUUGAAUUGGAGUAGUAUCUUGUUUUCAUGUGUGAAUGAAGCCUUGUGAAAUAAACAACUGCAACCAAGAAGGUAGCAAGGUGACUGUUUUGUGAGUCAGUGAUAUUUUCAAUGCGUUGUGUUGCCCAUUUGGCCCCAUUAAGCAGUAAUAAACAUUUGUUUGAAGUCCA